CAAUCUUCCCGCGCCCUUUGCCCCACACGCUGAGAAGUGCCCUCGUAGAGAAAAAGAGUAGUAGUAUAAAUGAAUCAAAUGGGUAACUCAAGGUUCUGAUUCUGAUUCAAAAGCAUUUUGACUUAUUCGAUCAACCCAAAUCAAUUAAACCACUACAUCCAAAACCAUGCCAAACUCAGAAUCCAUCCCAAGACUCCUCAACUCAUUUACAGAAAAAUGGUCCCCGCGCCUUGUCGCUGCAAUUAACGAUCACCACGUCAAAGUUGCCAAACUAGAUGGCGAAUUCAUCUGGCACGCACAUCCGAAUUCAGACGAACUCUUUUAUCUGUUGGAAGGCAAAUUGACCAUCGAGCUUGAGGGCCAGGAUGAUGUUGUGAUGCAGGUUGGGGACAUGUUUGUGAUUCCAAAGGGGAUCAGACAUCGUCCUGUUGCGGAUGAGGCGUCUAUCAUGUUGAUAGAACAUGAGUCCACAGUCAAUACUGGAGAUGAAACCAGUUCGGAUCGGACAAAACUCGUCGAAGAUGUUCGUGGGCAGUAUUAAAAUGGGCUGAUGUUAGUUGGGUAUGUCAAGCGGAUCCGUUUGUGUCGGACUGGUGCUUUUGGAGAAAGGCUGAAACAAGGAGUGGAAGAUGAAAGAGCAAUACUUACUCUAUCUGUAUUUGAGUUCCAGCAUGCUCCUAUAUGAUCUUGAAUAUAUGUAUCCAAGAAUUACUCCUUCUGUGCAAUUAUGAAUUGAACGCAGACUGCAACUGAGGUGUCUACAUCACCAUGAGGCCCCCAAUGCUUCAUUAAAGUGACGAAAAGACAAAUCAAAGAGGAGGAGCGGGAAGAUUGGGUUGCUUUAUUUAUUUAAGCUGUAAAGGUAGCCGGG